UUGGGAUGGAAUUAGACCGCGGAUCUGGUCGUUACUGGUGUCAUGGCGGACGAAGCUCACACCAUGGGAGAGAAUAAAGGUUACAGAAUAGAUACAGAAUGUCCAAGCGCCAGGUGCACCGCCCCCCUGAGUGAGACGAGUGAGAUGGGAUGAGACAAUGAAAGAUCAGAUGAGAGGACGGAGGAAGAGACGCGAGAGAGAGCGAGAGAAUCGCCCGGUGGCCCGUCGGUGGGUGGCUUUGGUUGGGGCGAUACCGGGCGGAGGCAGCCGCGUAACACCAGCCGGUAAUCUUCGGCUUCCCCGCUCGGUCGUAUUUUUGCCUAAUUCACCCGGCAGGAUCAGUUCCUGGCCUGAUUCAUCAAAGCCAUCGGACGCCCGUCGUAUCGUGAUGUGGGUGGAACCCAGGGGAUGCGGCUUUCGGAGUGGCGAUUACUUGGGGGUGGGAUUCCACAUCAUAACACCAGGGGUGAAUAUCUGACAGGUCUCCUGUUUACGCGUCACUGGAUACUUAUUUACCGCCAAGUGGUUGCCUAGUACUCCGAGGGUGCAACGAUAUCC